AUGAAGAUGACAUAAUGGCCAACUUUGGCGAGUUCCCAAAAAAUGAGAGUUUAAAAAAUGCAGUCAUUGAUUGGUUCUGGGAAGAAUUGAUAUUAAAAGGGGAAAUCGAUUGUGGCUUUUUGAGUAACAUGAUUAAAGGGAUAAGGGAGGAUGUUAAUUCCACUUCGGUUCUUAGUAUUGUAAGCAGUCCAAGUGCCGAAGAAUUGAGCCCAACACAAUCAACCUGUCCUUUAGUUGCAAAAGAUACGUUUAUUUUACAUCCCCGUGGAUACACAGCAACACCUUUGUUAAGUCACAUCAUUCCUGAUCAAGUACAAUUGACAUCGUUACAUAUGUCACCCAUGUCUAUGCAGUCACAAUCGAAACCUACAUCGCCGAUAUGCAAACAAUCUAACCAAUAUGAAUCACGAAAAAUAUUACCAAAAAUCGAAGCGAAACCUAAAGAAAUGUCUCAAGAAUACAUCCAAUACGAACGAGAACGUAGACGCAAUUACGCAAGAUUAUUACGAGAGAAAAAACGAGCCAGGGUAAAAGAGCUUGAAGAUAGAGCUGCUUUUCUCGAAAAAGAAAAUAAAC